AUGUCUUCGGCUGCUGCGUCCCGGCGCAACGGUCCUUCGCGGCCGGUCGUGCGCAGGGAGCGCCAGGACCAGCAGAGACGCCGGGAGCAGAUACAGCAGUACAAUGCCACAGUCAACGCGGCUUCGACGACCUCGACGGCCUCUACGGCUACUCCGAAUGCUUCUUCCACAACACUACCUGCCGUCUCUUACUCGUCGAAACAGCCGCGCGUGAGCAAGAACCCGGCGGACAUUGAGCGACGCAUCGCGGCCAUCCCGAUCGAGCGGUUUCGCAACUUUUGCAUUGUGGCGCACAUUGACCACGGCAAGAGCACACUCAGCGACCGGCUGCUCGAGAUCACCGGCACGAUCCUGCCGGGCGACGGCAACAAGCAGAUUCUGGACAAGCUGGACGUGGAGCGCGAGCGGGGCAUCACGGUCAAGGCGCAGACGUGCACCAUGAUCUACCGGCACAAGGGUCUGGACUACCUGCUGCACCUCGUCGACACGCCAGGCCACGUCGACUUCCGCGCCGAGGUCACGCGCUCGUAUGCCAGCUGCGGCGGCGCGCUGCUGCUGGUGGACGCCUCGCAGGGCGUGCAGGCGCAGACGGUGGCCAACUUUUACCACGCCUUCGCGCAGGGGCUGGGGCUGAUCCCCGUCGUCAACAAGGUGGACCUGCCGACGGCCGACGUGCCGCGGGCGCUGCGGCAGCUGCGCGACACGUUUGAGCUGGACGUGGACGAGGACAACAGCAACGGAUGCGCGGUGCUGGUCAGCGCCAAGACGGGCAAAAACGUCGAGGCGCUCCUGCCGGCGGUGAUUGAGCGGAUCCCGGCGCCCGAGGGCGACGCAUCGGCGCCGCCGCGCAUCCUGCUGGUGGACUCGUGGUACGACACGUUCCGCGGCGUCGUGCUGCUGGUGCGCGUGUUUGCGGGCACCGUCAAGGCGGGCGACCAGGUCGUCUCGAUGCAGACGAACCGCAAGUACACGGUGGGCGAGGUGGGCAUCCAGUACCCGGACGGCGUGGCGCAGCCGACGCUGCGGGCCGGCCAGGUCGGGUACCUGUACUUCAACCCGGGCAUGAAGAAGAUCCAGGACGCCAAGAUUGGCGACACGCUGACGACGGUGGGCAACGAGGGCAUUGUCGAGCCGUACCCGGGCUUUGAGGAGCCCAAGCCCAUGGUGUUCGUGGCGGCGUUCCCGACGGACCAGGGCGACCACGCCCGGCUGGCCGAGAGCAUCAGCCAGCUGGUGCUCAACGACCGCAGCAUCACGCUGCAAAAGGACCACUCGGAGGCGCUGGGCGCGGGUUGGCGGCUCGGCUUCUUGGGCAGCCUGCACUGCUCGGUGUUCCAGGACCGGCUGCGCCAGGAGCAUGGCGCAAGCGUCAUCAUCACGGAGCCGGCCGUGCCGGUCAAGAUGCGGAUGCGCGACGGCACGGAGAAGGUACUGACGAGCGCGGCCGAGUUCCCGGACGCCGACGACGCUGGGCGCACGCGCGGUGCCGAGUACUUUGAGCCGUUUGUGAACGCGACCAUCACGGUGCCCGAGGAGUACCUGGGGCGGGUGAUUACGGUGUGUGAGGCCAGCCGCGGCGAGCAGAAGAGCAUUGAUUUUAUGGGAACGGGGGCGGCGUCUCUCGCCACGGCGGAUUCGGCGACGACGGCGACGACGAAGACAACAACAACAACGACGACGACGACAGACAGCGCAACCGUCACCACGCCCAAUACGGCGUCCACGGCCAGCAUCCAAGUGAUCCUCAAGUACGCGCUGUCGGCGAUGGCCUUGGUGGACGACCUUUUUGGCAAGCUCAAGGGCGCCUCGCGCGGCUACGCGACGCUCGACUACGAGGACGCCGGCUGGCGCUCGAGCGACCUGGUCAAGCUGCAGCUGCUCGUCAACAAGCAGCCCGUCGACGCCAUCGGCCGCGUCAUGCACCGCUCGCAAAUCGACCGCGUCGGCCGCCAGUGGGUCACCAAGUUCAAGGAGCACGUCGACCGGCAGAUGUUCGAGGUCAUCAUCCAGGCCGCCACGGGCAAGCGCGUCGUCGCCCGCGAGACCAUCAAGCCGUUCCGCAAGGACGUCUUGGCCAAGCUGCACGCCUCGGACAUUACGCGCCGCCGGAAGCUGCUGGAGAAGCAAAAGGCAGGUCGCAAGCGGCUGACGGCUGUGGGCAAUGUGACGAUUGACCACGGCGCAUUCCAGAAGUUCUUGGCAAAAUAG